AUGGCAUCCAGACGUUCUAGAUAACCUAUCACUGCUCCUGAUAAGGGAUCUUUCCCACUUGAUCAUUUUCAUGAAUGCGAGGAACAUGCAGUACUUUAUAACUCAUGUCUCGAUAAGCAUUAAUUGAUGCCUAAAAGAUGCCAGAAAUUCUAAAUUAAUUACAUCGAGUGCAGGAUGAAGCAUGGGUUGAUGGGCAAAGAAAAAAUUGAGAAUUUGGGAUAUUCAUCUGUUAAUAGUUGGGAUAGCGAAGAAAAUAAAAAGAAGGAGUUAUUCAAAAAGUUAGUUGAGAUAGAUAAGAUGGCUGAGAGAAAUGUCAGAAGAAUGAGAGGUCAAGAAAAUCCAGAUAAUAAUUUAUACUAAUCUUAUAAUUUAAAAGAUAAAAUGUCAACUGAUUCAAAUAUUACCCUAUAUGUUCAUGUGAUUCCUCAAACUACAUUACUCAUACAACAGACUAUCAAGUUGAAUCUAAGUGAAGAGCAUCUUGUCAAUGAUCUGAGAAUCAAGGAUGGGAAUAAGAUUUAUGCGGUAAGAAGCUUCUCUACAUCCGAAGAAGGCCAAACUAUUCCAUUAAAUAGAAUGCUAAGUUCUUUCUUUGAAAAUCAUUCAGAUGUCUAUUGCUCAGUAGAUAUCUCAGUAGACCCCAAGAAGCAUGUAAAGCCCAUCGAGGUGAAACCUGUCUAAAAGGCAGUAAAUGAUAAAAAAGUUUCUGGAAUUAUUUCAGCUGAUAAGUUAGUUACUAUGACCAAGUACUCAUUCUAUGAGUCUGGCAAAAACUGGGUUAAGGUACUCCUAGAAUUUAAGGAUAUUAAGAAGCAUGAUUAAGAUAAGAUCAAGAUUGAUUUCUAAAAAAGAACAUUUUCUCUAAAAAUCUUCGAUUACAAUGGAUAAAACUACUUGUUCUCAGUACCAAAGCUUUAAUGUUAUAUCAUUCCCGAGUAAAGUACAAUUACAAUCAAGAAUGACAGUAUCCAAAUCAAUUUGAGAAAAGCAAAAGAAGAUGAUAACUGGUGGAGUCUCUUUAAAACUAAGGCAGUUGGAGAAACAGAGAGUGAUUGA